CCACCUGGAGCAUACAGCAUGGAGACAUCCUCCUGCUCCGCCGAUCUGGAAGCCUCCACUUGUUCCUUGAGCCCUGUCAUUCAUGAAGUUCCUGCUCCUGGUUUUGACUGUUGCCCUGCUCUUGGCCCAGGUCUCCCCAGUCAUGAAGUGCUGGGGGAGUACAGGCAGGUGCAGAGAAAUGUGUAAAGACAGUGAAGUAUUCCACAUCCUGUGCAAAUCCGAUAUCAAAUGUUGCGUGAAUCCCAAGUUCCUACCCAGCAAGCCGGCAGCCACGUCUUCGGCAGAGAUCCCUCCCCAACCUUGAUCUCAACAUUGCUGGAUUCCACAGUUUUAUUAAAUUAUUCUUGGGCCAUAUCCUG